ACGACUGUUCCACGAAAAGAACCUGCAAUGCUAUUCCAUCCACUUUUGUAUUACGGCAGCAGAGCCAUGCAAUAAGGAUUCCGUGUUCAUUUCAUAAAAUCAUCUGCUUAAAGUUCUGUUACUUGAAGCCAUUCGAUGCAGUUGGUUCAUGUUUAGUUUUUGCUGUGCUUCAUUCCCAUGAUUUGAACUUCAGUUCAGUACAAGACACGAGUCCAACCAGUAAAUACAUAAGUUAAAGACCUUAGUUCUUCCUUGUCCAACCAUUGCACUCGUCCUAACAACAACUUAUUAAGAGUGAGUGUCAAGUUACUUGAAGCAAUAUAUUUAUAUUAGUGCAAGUGCAUGACAAGAUAGUACGAGAGUGCGUUCCCAUUUUAAUUGACGCAAUAAUACAACUAAUUAAAUGACAGUUUUGGAAUGAUGGUGGUUAAAUUAUUAUCUGCAUAGAAGACUAAACUAUACUACAAUUAGGGGUUUAAAUGAAUCCAGUCGGGAUGCAAAGAGUUGUGGUUGCACAAAUUUAAAGUUCAUUUGCUGUAUCAUUCAACUGCACGGAUUAUAAAUAAGCAAUCAUUCAUUCUGCCCGUCUAAUAUUGGAUUGGAAAUUGAAGUGCAAAAUAAAAUCUAUUUGUGGAAUAACACCAUCUUGUACGUAUCCCAUGUUUCAAGGCAAACGAAUGACGUCUCGAAGAAAUCAUUCAACUGUUCUUUUUAUCUUCGGUUCCCCCUAAUCGCUGUCCAGAGUCGUUCAUUCCGGCUGAAUCAGAGCUCACCUGGCUGGCUGGAUGGAUUUCAGUUAAUCCGUCAAUUGCACACAACUUUUGAUCUCAAACAUUUGAUUUUCUACACGUACAAGAUAUGUCAUCUCGACUUGGACAAACAAUUUCGCGAUAUAAUACUGCAUUGGGAAAUCAUGCGCCAGCACUUGACAUCGGAGGUCAGCAACACGUCCAAGUUCAAUCGGACAACUCAACAUCAUCAGGGAAUGGAAGAACUUCGGCAGUCCAUGCGAUGGCUCACCAGCCACCACCGUCCAAUUACAAGGGUCACCGUGGUCAUAAACGAGGUCACUCGUAUGGUGGAGUUGUGAGUCCAUCCAGCUCAGGUAUCCACCACUCCCAGUUAGAGGCGAGGCCAUCCCAUCCAAACACACAUCACGGAAUCGUAUUACCGUCUCAUGGAAGUUCCGCACUGCAGAAAGGACAUCGACGAGCACUUUCAGGCUGUUUGCCGAGUGCUGUGGGUGCCAUAGCGUGGUCUUCACUGCGUGAUUUGGACACCACUGCUCCGACCAACAGCAGUUCACACUUCACAGCCGUCGCUCUCGUCCGCAGUUGGUCACCUCAAGAAUGUAACAGACCUACAUCGCCAGACGGAACAAUAACUGAGGCAAAGGGAAAGUCAAGUCUUGGCCAUCAUGAAGUCGGUGACUUCAAGAAAAAUGCGAAAAGUCUGAACGACAGAGACGACGGCCUGCACUCCAUGGAAUGUGGAAUUGGACGGUGUCGUCUUCCACAAUGUUUCCAGAGGUUUGCCAACAUUGAGUUUUUCGUCUGCAUACUUGCUGUCCUCGUCACCUUGCAGCAAGGCGUCUCCUCCGGUUAUGUCAACUCGGUCAUUACAACUAUUGAAACGAGGUUUGAAAUACCGUCUCGUUUUUCCGGUUUAAUUGCAUCCAGCUACGAAAUGGGAAAUGUCGUCACGGUCCUCUUUGUCAGUUACUUGGGUGCCAAACGUCACAUCCCGAGCUGGAUUGCAACUGGGGUUUUAGUGAUGGUUGUUGGUUGCGUCGUUUUCACUCUACCUCACUUUCUAAGCCAUCACGAUAAUGGUGGCAUCAACGUUUUACAACAAAGUAGCUAUUCACCCAAUUUCCAUGAUCCAUACUCCGUCAGCGAUGGUUACAACUCGUCUUCUAUGGAAAGACUCAGCAACAAUGGGAGCCUGUACACCUACAACAAUUACAACGAAUCUUAUCCAGCCGGAGAAGGAUACGGAAAUGAGAGUUUUGUGAGCUUACGACAGGGUUCUCAUGAAGAUGAUCCAGAGCAACGUCGUUACGUGAAGGAAAAGCAACAUCAAGGGAGAAAUUCCAUUUGCCAUUCUGUGAAGCCUCAAUCAUCUCCUUUUAUUCAGGGAUCAACUCACAGGCUUAAUUUGGAUCUCGAAACUGUCUCAGAUGGAGAAUCAAAGUUCCCGUCCGUGGUGAGACAGGAGCUGAUGUCCGUUGGUUGCUCAGUGGAGGUCAUUGAGAAAGAUGGCACAAAGACGACCCAGCCAUCGCAGGAGAGUUAUGGUCAUCCUCUCAUUCUGUUCAUGUUGGCUCAACUCCUUCUGGGUUGCGGGGGGUCACCUCUUUUUACCCUGGGCGUUACUUAUGUUGACGAUCAUGUUCCGGCCGACUCAUCCUCCGUCUACAUUGGUAUCAUCUAUGCGAUGGCAGCAUUUGGCCCAGUUCUAGGCUUCAUUGGAGGUGCCUGGAUGAUCUCAAUUCCAUCGUCAGUCUCGCAUUUAACAAAUCCGGAUGCUCGAUUCAUUGGACUGUGGUGGGGUGGAUUCGUCAUUGCAGGCGGACUUUUACUCUUGGCUGCGCUUCCAUUUUUGACAUUUCCAAGGAUUGCUAGGAGGAACAAAAAUGAAGAGGAAACGCCGUCGAGCCCAGCUCUUGAGGAAUCACCCAUUUCCGGCUCAAAGCAGGAGGCUCUAGACUCGGCAGCUUAUGGACAAUCGAUUAAAGACAUCCCUCGUUCCAUUUGGCGACUAAUUACGAACCCCACUUACGUGUUAACAUGCUUAGGCGGAUGCAUGGAACUGAACAUCGUUUCUGGAUUUGUGGUCUUCUUGCCAAAGUAUCUCGAAACACAAUUCUCUAUGGGAAAGUCGAAAGCUUCUUUGUACACCGGAGGCAUUGCCAUUCCUGGAGCAUGCCUGGGAAUCUUCUUUGGUGGAUGGCUGGUGAAAAGAAUGCAAAUGAAGCCAUCCGGCGCUUGCAAGUUUGUUGUGACUACAAACAUACUCUGUCUGGCUGGAUACGUUUUGUUUUUCUUUCUGGGAUGCUCCAAUCCAAAUUUAGCUGGGGCCACGGUAUCAUAUCCAGGACUGCCCACAAAUUAUGCUCCUCUCGACAUCAAUCUUACCAGUUCUUGCAACUCUGACUGCAACUGUGAUUUUUCAUUGGACGCACAAUAUGUCUGCCACGAAAAGUCAGGGGUCACAUACUUCAGCCCCUGUCAUGCUGGGUGUUCUGUGAAUUUAACUCAAUGUACAUGUGCUGGUGGAGAUGCAGUUGAAUCUGGAGCAUGUCAUGACACACCAUGCAACACACUUUUGCCAUUUAUGAUUGUCCUGUUCUUCAUGACCGCAACUGUUAGUGUGACUCAAAUGCCCCUUCUAAUGAUCGUUUUAAGGUCCGUUUCUCCCGAAGAACGAUCAUUCGCUUUAGGGAUGCAGUUCGUUAUUUUUAGACUUUUGGGUUAUAUUCCAAGUCCCAUAGUAUUUGGCAGCGUUAUAGACUCUGCAUGUCUGCUCUGGAGCAUCAAACGAUGCUCCGUACUUCUUCCAGCAGUUAGCGGGAGGUGCCUCCUUUACGACAUUGCUGACUUUCGAUACAAAUACGUUGGAAUGCUCUCCGGACUGAAACUUUUAGCUCUAGCUCUCUUUUUGUAUGAUCUGUACCAAUUAAGAAAACUUGAGAAGAAGGAGGAGGCUGAAGAAGCCGUUGCUGCUGCUGCAACGAAUGGAGAUAAUCUCAAAAGCUGCAAUUCAAUCAUUUCUUUGGACAAAUUGUUCCAUGAUGAUUCAGGAAGCGUCACAACAAUUACCACCACAACCACCAUUAUUACCCCUCCUUGCACACAAACACAACCCAAUUGUAGUAGAAGUAGCAUUGUUCAUGCAACAAUUCCUAUUUCCAAUCAAGGUCAUUGUCACAUUGAUUGACCACUGUGAAUAUUAAAUCUCACAAUUUACUAAUCUAAGAUUUUAUUACUAUUAAAUAUAUGUAUCAUCGUGUCGCCGUUAAGUUUUCCAUUCAUUUCGUUAAGAAGCAUACGUUUUGCUAAUUAACGAGAAGAAUUGAAUUUAAAAAUUGUGUCAUGUACAAAAUCCAUCAUUUAUUCCAGUUGUGAUAAGUUAUUCGUUUGUUUUGUUUGUAUUUGCGUUGUAUGCAAAAAUAUUAUAAUAAAAACAAAGUAGCAGGAAAUAUUUAUGUACAACUAUAGGGCGACAUGGACUUAAUGAAACUGGGUAUUAAAUAUGUAACACGAAAAGAAUUUAAAGCUGGGCAAUAAUAGUGGAGAUAAAUGUAUGGUUUAAUACUAGUCUGUAACCCCUCACUAACAUUUAUUGAGUAUUUACAUAUGCAACUCGAUUCCUUUUAACCAAUUAUUGGACUUGUACGAAGUUAGAGAACUACUUUUAGAUUUUUGUCAACUUUUUAUUUUACCACUAAUUGUAUUAUAGUAAUUUUUAAGUUGACCCUGUUAUUUCAUCAGAGAUAUUAUGUAAGUAACCUCCGUCGGGCUAAUGUAGUCAGCGUUGAAAUAGUUUUAAAUAUGAAACUCAUUUUGGUGCAAUUCAAACAUCACAUCGUUUCGUUAAUACCAAAGUAAAGAUAACGCGAGACAGAGAAGUGUGUAUUUAUUUUGUAAAGAAUGCCCAAGUUAAUGAUUGUAAAAUAUAUAGUAGAGUUAAACCAAAAUAAAACCUGUGAUCAAUUCUAAA